AUGGCAGUGCAAGAUGAGUGCAAGCUGAAAUUUCUGGAAUUAAAAGCAAAGAGAAACCAUCGUUACAUUAUCUUCAGUAUUGAGGGUCAGCAGGUUGUGGUGGAUAAACUUGGCAAUCCAGACGACACCUACGAUGAUUUCACAGCCGCUUUGCCGGCUAAUGAAUGUCGUUAUGCUGUCUACGACUUUGACUUCACGACUGACGAAAAUGUCCAGAAAAGCAAGAUUUUCUUUAUCGCGUGGUUUAAGCGGGAAUUGGAUGGAAUUCAAGUUGAAUUGCAGGCAACAGAUCCAAGUGAAAUGAGCCUUGACAUUGUAAAAGCCCGUGCAAUUUGA